AUGGCGACCCCCGGCCUCCUGUACGUGACGAUGCAGCCUCGUCCCUCUCUACCGGCUGCCCAGUUUCACGACUGGUACAACUCUGAACACGGUCCUCUGCGUCUUCGUCUGCCCUUCAUCACGAAUGGCUUCCGCUACCGUGCCGUCGACGGCGUCGAGCCCGAAUGGGUGGCCCUCUACGACAUCACCGACAUGGACGAGCUCACGCGCGAGACGUACCUCUCUUUGCGCGGGGACACCAUCAAGACCCCGCGCGAGAAGGCGACCAUGGCCCAGAUCGAUGUGGGCCGCAAACUCUACGACCUUCUGCAGGACGAAAAGGCUUCCGACUUUAAACCGCUUGAGGAUCAGCCGGAUACCGCUGCUUCCGGCCACGUCCUCAUCUCGAACACCUCGACUCUCCCCGCCGACAAGGAAGACGAUCUGAAGGCCUGGUACAAGGAAGAACACAUCCCCAUGCUUGCGCGCGUGCCGGGCUGGCGCCGCAGUCGGCUCUUCGUCACGGCGUCCAUCGACCCCAAAGCUCAGCGCGAGUUCGUUGCCCUGCACGAGUUCACACCGCAGAACGGCCUCGGCGGACCUGAGCACAAGGCGUCCAUGGAGACCCCCUGGCGCGCCCGCAUCGCCGAUGCCUUGACCUCCAAGACCCGCCGUGUCUACAACUGGGCCUAUACAUUUGGGCCUGCGCCCCGCGAGCUCGGCUCUCUUGCGUCGCCAGAUACAAUCGGCCCCUGGUCGUCGAACGACGGCCGCACCCGGACUCUCCCCGAUCAAACCAACCCCGCCGUGGAGUCUUACAUCACCACCCCCGACGGCGUUGAGAUCCCCUAUCGCCUCGAAGGCUCUACAGAUCCUCACUCAUCUGUCAUCGUUCUCAGUAACUCUAUCCUAGUUGAUUACACCAUUUGGGACUCGUUCGUGAAGAGCUUCCUCGCCGAGGAGCGCAACCGCAAAUUCCGCAUCCUCCGCUACAACACGCGCGGCCGGUCCGCUGCUGCCGGCGAAACACCCAUUAAUGUCGACGUCUUGGCAGGCGAUAUCAUCGCUCUCCUUGAUGCCCUGCGCAUCCCUCAGGCUAUCCUGAUCGGCGUGAGUCUCGGCGGCGUGACGGUUCUCAAUACAUCCCUGCUCUAUCCAUCGCGCGUAAAGACGUUUAUCUCCUGCGAUACAAACAGCUCUGCUCCUGAAACAAACCGGAAAGCGUGGAACGACCGUGCCGCAAUCGCCGAGUCUGAGGGCGCCACUCACCCAGAGACGAAGGAGCCCAUUAUCGGUGAGGAGUUGUCCGAGGUUACGGUGCGCCGAUGGUUCACCGAGAAAUCUUACGAGACACAGCCUGAAGUUCCAGCGAAGGUGAAAGAUGUUGUUCGUGCGAACAGCCUUGUCGGGUUUAAGAAGGCGAUGCAGGCGCUCUGUGCAUAUGAUGUGCGCGAGAGAAUGCAGAAGGCGUCCGUCAAGGGGUUGUUUGUGGCGGGUGAUAGUGAUGGUGUCCUGCCGAAGACGAUGAAGCAGAUGGCGGAGGAUUUGAAGGUUGAGGGGGGUGCGGAGCUGAAGAUUGUCCCUGGAGCUGGGCACCUGCCCAUGGUUGAGCAGCCGGAGGCGUUCAAGGCGGUCGUCAACGAUUUCCUACAUGCGUAG